AUGGAGAGGCCUGCACCAAUCCCCCCCAAGGUGGGAGCAACUUUCUAUCCUGGAGGUCAGGAUGACUUCCGUAUGCCAGAAUUGGUAUCGCCAAAGCCUCAAAGGGUAAUGCCGGAGGUUCCGUCUAAUAUGCAGCAAGACCUUGCAAACCUUGAACUCGAGGCCCGAAUGACCCCAAGCCAUCCGGCCAGUUCUACGUCGACGAUGUCGUCACACUCAACACAUAUCGAUUCAUACCCGCGAGACCCUCAGACGAGCGGCUCCUCCCAGACAAACAUGCGCCAACGCUCUGCCGUCCCGGGCUUCACUGCGAGCUACGAAAACACGAACGCCUCGGCAUAUCAGAACUUGAACAGGCGAUCACUACAACAAUUUACUGCAUCACAGCCAGAUUCACCUAGGUUUUCUCCAUUCCCCAAACUCCACAACGCAGGAGAGAAUGUGCCGCUUUCCGAUGACGAGAAGGAAGAAGUAUUGGAGAGGGCACGGCCAUUGGUUCUAAAGUCGACGGAUCCAGAAAUGCAGUUGGCUUGGGCCCAGGAUGCUCUAUCGUGGGUCGAGGUGGCAAGCCAAAACUCCUCCCGCCAACAGCAGUUGGACGGCGGGUCUCAGAGACCCGUUACUCCAAAGGUAGAGCACCAGUUGAGAGUCGACGCGCUGAAUAUCGUCACAUUUCUUGCAGAGCAACAUCAUCCAAAGGCUCAAUUUAUGCAAGGCAUGUGGCUCGAGUUUGGCAAGUUCGGAUAUAGAGUAGACAAAAAGGAGGCGUUUAUGGCAUAUCGAAGGGCUGCAGAGAGAGGUUAUGCGCGAGCAGAAUACCGGAUCGGCAUGCAAUAUGAGAGUUCCAACAACCCCACCAAAGCUAUCGAGCAUUACCAAAAGGGGGUGGCGGCGAACGACUCGGCUUCAGAUUAUAGAUUGGGCAUGAUGACACUGCUCGGACAACAUGGCAUGCCGCGGGAUUAUGAAAGGGGUGUGAAUCUCAUACGAUUUGCUGCAGACACUGCCGACGAGAAUGCCCCUCAAGGAGCCUAUGUUUAUGGUAUGCUUCUCGCUCGCGAGCUGCCAAAUAUAAGCGUUCCUGAGCAGUACCUCCCAUACGACGUGAAAGAUGCCAAAUACUACAUAGAAAAGGCUGCGUAUCUUGGUUUUGCAAAGGCACAGCUUAAGAUGGGUCAGGCUUAUGAAUUAUGUCAACUCGACUGCGAGUUUGACCCAGCUUUAUCACUGCACUACAACGCUCUUGCAGCCCGCCAAGGAGAAGCGGAGGCUGAGAUGGCAAUCAGCAAGUGGUUCCUGUGUGGAUAUGAAGGGAUCUUCGAAAAGAACGAGGAGUUGGCAUUCACAUAUGCACAACGUGCGGCACAGACCAAGAUGGCCACAGCAGAGUUUGCCCUGGGGUAUUUCUACGAGAUAGGCGUGUACGUGCCGAUAGACUUGGUCGAAUCCGAAAAGUGGUACAAGAAAGCUGCAGAUCAUGGAAACAAUGAUGCCAUCGGAAGAAUCGAUAGCAUCAAGAAGAACAACACUUUUUCGAAGAAGGACCACGAGCAAAUAGCUCUUUCACGGAUCAAGUCCCAAUAUGGUUCUCAGCGUGGAGGCCGACCCGAACGAUUCAAGAAACCCGUUCAGCAGAUGCCGGCAAUGGCAGAGAGCGUAGUUAAUAUGCCUGACCCGAGGAAUCCUUAUCGGGUAUCAACUGCACCGUAUCCCGACGAUGAUGCAUCAUCUCUUCCCGCUCAGCAUCCCAAUCCUCAAUACUACAAUCAAGGCGGGCGGCCCUCUUCAGCAGCCGGACCUCAGGCAGACAGGCCCUCUUCUGCGUUUGGUGUCGUACCUCUGCACCACACUGCGACUGACCCAUACAGCUAUAAUGGAAGCGUAAACGCACCCGAACCUUUGCGACUACCCAACAACAUGGGACCAGGUGGCCGAGGCGCCAAUCGUGUGGCUUCCGCUGGCUGGGAGCCGCAGACUUCAGAGCUUGACCAAGGACGCAAUAGACUUGUGAGCGCACCGCAGAUCAAUAUCAAUAACAGACCUCAACCACAGAAUGUGCAAUCUCUGCAGCCAUUGCCUAACACGGGUUACAAUUCUGAUCCGUCAAGACAGCCAAGGCCACAAUCAAGAGGCGACAGUCCUGCUAUCAGCAUCCCCCGACGGGACCUUGCUGCCAACCAUCUCCAACACCCCGAGCGACGAAGCUCGAUGACGCCUGUGAAUGGUAGGGCGAGCCCUGCGAGCCCUGCGAGUCAGCGACCAGCGAGAAUCGAUUCAAUGCAACCCUCAAGGCUUGACUCCCCAAGCUCGCCUUACCAGAAUACGAUGGGUCCGGGCCGGGCAUCCCCAAGGCCUCAACAGCCAAAUUCUCCGCAGACUCCCGCGCCAGCGCCAGUGUCCCACCCACCCAAGAAGGCCGGCCCCGCUACCUUUGAAGAGAUGGGGAUCCCUGUCGCAAAGCAUGAGAGUGAUUGUAUUAUAAUGUGA